ACAUCUUUUCCAUGUGUCAUGGUCCCCUUUGGUGUCACUGAGAUGACCCCACGUAUACAGAUGCGUGGGACCCAAAUUGCGUCUUAUCACGCCCAGUAAUUGGAACACUUUUUAGCUUAUCUGGCGAUCCAUACCGACACCUUCCUUUAAUGUAGAGCAGAGCACAGUAAGGAAGAAAAACAAAACCCCUUGCCCUCUCCAACUAGAAACUCCCUCCCAUCUCACCCUCAAUAACAAAAACAACACAGUCAAAAACAACGCAGCCUCAACUGUGUUGUUUUUGUAAGUAUUUAUAUUAGGCUUCGCUUCGCAGUUAAAAAAAAAAAAAAAAAAACAUCUCUGCUAAUUUUAGCUAAGCGUUAGACAAGCUUACAUACUUCACCUAUAUCAUAUAAUUGACCCUCUCCUCUACGAGACCACUUCACUCCCUCCUCACCUUAUAAAAAAUGGUUUCGCCUGACCUUUCUCAGUGUCAGACUUCUCCAAUGGCCAAACCAUCUCUGCGCAACAAAGCCUCGUUGUGGGUCACUGAUAGUUUUCUCUUUCUCGGUGGAGUUUUCGUCGCUCUUUUACUUGUUUGGACUCUCUGGUCCUUCAUAACCCCUCCUACCCCCAAUCCCACCCCCAAUUUUGGUCACACCGUUCUCAAACCCGUGACUGCAGGUGGUUUGGACUCGCUAACCUGCACCGGAGAUGGGCAGGGUCCUAACCUGCGCCACGACCCGCCGGAGACAACUUUUUACGACGACCCACAACUGAGUUACUCGAUUGGGAAGCCGAUGAAGAACUGGGACGAGAAGCGGAGGGAGUGGCUGAGCCGCCACCCUUCGUUCGCCGGCGGAAAUGGACGGGUUCUCAUGUUGACAGGAUCGCAGGCGGCGGCUUGUAAGAACCCCAUCGGCGACCAUUUGCUGCUGAGGUUUUUCAAGAACAAGGUGGAUUACUGUCGUCUCCACGGCUACGAUAUCUUCUACAACAAUGCGCUGCUCCACCCGGAAAUGUUCUCCUACUGGGCCAAACUCCCGGUGGUCCGGGCCGCCAUGAUGGCCCACCCGGAAGCCGAGUGGAUCUGGUGGGUCGACUCGGACGCGUUGUUCACUGACAUGGAGUUUAAGCUUCCACUGGAGCGUUACAAGAACCACAACCUUAUCGUCCACGGGUGGCCUCAUCUAAUCCUCGACAAGCAUAGUUGGACGGGUCUAAACGCCGGCGUUUUUCUGAUCAGGAACUGCCAAUGGUCUCUGGAUUUCAUGGAGGUGUGGGCCGGUAUGGGCCCACAGACCCCUAAUUACGAAAGAUGGGGUGAGAUUCUCAGAUCAACGUUCAAGGACAAGGCAUACCCAGAGUCAGACGAUCAGACGGGCCUGGCGUACUUGAUCUACAAAGAGAAGGAAAAAUGGGGGAACAAAAUUUACUUGGAAAACGAAUUCUACUUCGAAGGGUAUUGGGAGGAAAUCGUUGGGAGUUUCGAGAAUAUCACGGAAAAGUACAAGGAGAUAGAGAGAAGGGAAAACAGGUUAAGGAGGAGACACGCUGAGAAAGUGAGCGAGCAAUACGGUGCGUUUAGGGAGGAGCAUCUGAAGGAGGCGGGAUUGGGUAAGGGAAGCUGGAGGAGACCGUUUAUCACGCAUUUCACGGGUUGUCAACCAUGCAGUGGAAAACACAAUCAGAUGUAUUCGGGGAAUUCAUGCUGGGAUGGUAUGCAAAUGGCCUUGAAUUUCGCUGAUAAUCAGGUGCUUCGCAAAUUUGGUUUCCUGCACCCUCACCUACUGGAUUCCUCUGUCUCUGCGGUGCCGUUUGAUUACCCGGCGUGAAAGACCACCAUAAAAAGAGAAGAAUACCGGUCAGAUUGUCUUUACAGAUUAUUACUAGUUUGGUUCAAAAGGCUGGAAUAUUUUAACAUAUGGUCGGGAAAUGCAACGUGACGAGCAUUUGUGGCUGUGGUACUAGGUGGAUCAGUAUUCAGUGGAAAGGCUGUGCUUCAAAAAUGAUUUAUUAUGAAGCUCGUUAAGCAGAAUUUUAGGCACUUAAUUAUUUAUAAUAUUCAGUUCCUCUCCUGGUAAUCGGGAAUCUCCCAUCUCUUUGUGAGGCAUGGAGGAGUAAAAUUAUGAGCAUAUUUAUUACUGGUCAUAGAGAUUUGGUAUAUGUAAAUUAAGUAUACAUAGUGUUUUAGUAUCUCUUAAUAGAUUUGUUGAGGAAAUUGGAAA